CACUAAAUUGGGUCUUAAUUUAAAUUUCUCAAACUUUGAGGGGGGCUUCAUGCCAUUUUCUCAGUAUCUUCAAAGAUAAGAGUCGGAAAAUCACCUUAUCUAUCCUCUUCGACCUUCUCUUCGACCAUAACCAUGGCUGCCUCUUUUACUUCCUCCCUCUCCUCCACCUUCUCCUCCCUCUCUCUCCGCCGCUUCUCUCUCCUCCCCACUCACCAACUACCCAACUCUCUCUCCCUCCCAAAACCCCUAAAUUUCCCCUCCAUCAGAGCGCAGUCUACCGAUAUCGACACCACGUACUUCGACAAUGUAGACCCAGAUGAAAUCACGACCUUCGACCCUCCGGAAAAACCGGAGGACUUCAUCCCUCCGCCAUCUUUCGACGACGGACCUCAGGAGUCUGAAGAUGAAAUAGCCGCUGCAUACGAAGAAUUAUAUGGACCAGCCUAUAGCGGAGUCAGUGUGUUGGGUAAUGACGUAUAUGUGAUGGAUUCGAAAGUAAAGAAAACAACCUCUUUCGGAAAAAUAAAGAAAGAUAAAGUCAGAGAUGGAUUUGAUGAGAGGGUGGUUCAGGUGAGGAGGGUGACGAAGGUGGUUAAAGGUGGGAAACAGCUGCACUUUAGGGCGGUGGUGGUGGUCGGUGACAAGAAAGGGCAGGUGGGAGUUGGGGUAGGCAAAGCUAAAGAAGUGGUUGCAGCCGUUCAAAAAUCUGCAACAAAUGCUCGAAGGAACAUAAUAACAGUUCCUAUGACAAAGUACUUGACCUUUCCUCACAGGGCGGAUGGAGAUUAUGGGGCGGCAAAGGUGAUGCUAAGGCCCGCGUCCCCGGGUACUGGAGUGAUUGCUGGCGGUGCUGUUAGAAUCGUGUUGGAAAUGGCAGGUGUUGAGAAUGCUUUGGGGAAACAACUCGGGAGUAACAAUGCUCUUAAUAAUGCUAGAGCAACUGUGGUGGCUGUUCAACAAAUGAGACAGUUUAGUGAAGUGGCUCGUGAUCGUGGGAUCCCGAUGGAAGAAUUGUGGAAAUGAUUGAGAUGAUUGUGUUUGAAUGUGUACAAUUUGUGUUCUUUUUUGUUGAUGUUGUUGUUCGGAAGGGCAUUUUGGGAACUUCAUGACUCUAAAUGGGUAUUUUGUAGAUCACUUGCAUAUCCCAAGUCUUUUAUGUUUAUCUUUAGUUUCAUUAAUCACUUAAAAACGGAUAUCUUGUGGAUUAAAGGAAAUGUGUCGAGUAAAAGCAAUUGGAAAAUGGAAUAGAAUUCUUUUCUAUUUAAGAAAGUGCUUUAUUUUUCCCUAUGAAGGCUUUUGUGCUUUCAUGUUUUUUUUUUAUUGAUAAGUAUACCAAAUCUGAAUCCCAUAUGUUAUUGAUGAUUAUGAGUUGAUUCUAAUGCUUGGAGUGUACUUUAGAACAUCAUGGGUUUGCUAUUCAACUGAUGAGUGGUUAAAUUUCAUCUCCAUUGAUGGAAUUGUGUGAUUGUAAC